UCACUCCCCUAUAUAUUUCCUUUCAUUUUAUUUCUAGAGCAUAGUCAUCAAGUACACACUUUAGGUGUGAGAGAAGAAACCAAAACCUCAAAUAGUGUUCUGUUUUGAUAUUUUCAUGAUUCAACCUUGAAUCUUCUUCAAUCACAUCACCAUUUUCAACCAAAAAACAAAAAUGGCUGUCACAACUUCCUUUCUGAAUUCAACAGAGAAAAAACAACACUGGUGGCUCACAAACCGUAAGAUUGUUGAGAAAUAUAUCAAAGAUGCAAGAACACUCAUUGCAACACAAGAACGAAACGAGAUUGUUUCAGCUAUAAGUCUUCUAGACUCAGCUUUAGCUAUUUCUCCAAGUUCAGAUCAAGCCCUAGAGAUGAAAGCAAGAUCUUUGCUCUAUUUGAGAAGAUUCAAAGACGUAGCAAAUAUGCUUCAAGAUUAUAUUCCAAGUUUGAAAAUGGCUAAUGAUGAUUCUGGCUCUGUUUCUUCUUCUUCUGAUGGUUCUUCUCAACAGCUUUCAAGAGAAGGUGUGAAGUUACUUUCUUCAUCGGAUUCCUCUGCUCCAGAUCAGAGCUACUUCAAGUGUUUCUCUGUUUCUGAUUUGAAAAAACGUGUCAUGGCUGGUCUCUGUAAAAGUUAUGACAAUGAAGGAUAUUGGAGAUACUUGGUUUUGGGCAAAGCAUGUUGUCACUUAGGCCUAAUGGAAGAUGCAAUGGUUCUUUUGCAAACCGGAAAACGUCUCGCGAGUGCAGCAUUUCGUCGUGAAAGCGUUUGUUGGUCUGAUGACAGCUUCUCCCUGUGGAGCUCACCGUUCUCCGGUGAUGGUGCUUUGUCAAAGCAAUCAACAACCACUCCACCAAAAAGUCCUUUAUCAGAAUCUGAAACUGUGAACCAACUCCUAGCACAUAUAAAAUUCCUCCUGCGUCGACGUGCGGCUGCAAUAGCCGCAAUGGACGCAGGACUCCACUCAGAAGCCAUCCGUCACUUCUCUAAAAUUGUUGAUGGCCGCCGCGGCGCUCCUCAAGGAUUCCUUGCAGAAUGCUACAUGCAUAGAGCCUCUGCUUUUCGUUCUGCAGGUAGAAUUGCUGACUCAAUUGCUGAUUGUAACAGAACACUAUCAUUAGACCCUACAUGUAUCCAAGCACUGGAAGCUAGAGCUUCAAUUCUAGAAACAAUUCGUUGCUACCAAGAUUGUCUACAUGAUCUUGAACAUUUGAAGCUUCUAUACAACACAAUUUUGCGUGAUCGAAAACUUGCUGGACCGUUAUGGAAACGACAUAAUGUUCGUUACAAUGAGAUUCCUGGGAAAUUAUGCACCUUAACCGCAAAAAUUCAACAAUUGAAACAAAAAUUGUCUUGUGGCGAAACGCGUAAUGUGGACUAUUAUGGUUUGAUUGGUUUAAGACGUGGUUGUGCCCGUUCGGAAUUGCAACGGGCACAUCUUUUGCUUAGUUUGAAACAUAAACCAGAGAAAGCUAUUGGUUUCAUUGAACGGUGUGAACUCGCGGAUGAACGUGAUCUUGAAUCGGUUAAGGAUAGAGCUAGAAUGGCUUCCAUGUUGUUGUAUAGGUUGCUUCAAAAAGGUUAUACAAAUGUUAUGAAUACAAUUCUUGAAGAAGAAGCUUCUGCUGAGAAACAGAAGAAAAUGGUUUUGCAGUUACAACAAACAAAUGCAAAUGUACAUGUUAUUCAAGCUUCUACAAAUGCACAUGUUACUCAAGCUUCUACAAAUGCACAUGUUAAUGUUAAUGUGAAUGUGAAUGCAGUUGUUGAAGUGUUACAAAAGAAAAGUAGAGAAGAAAUGUUGGAGGAAAAGUAUGCAAUGUCUUCACCAAGCAUAGUGAAUCCAACGGUGUUUCAAGGAGUGUUUUGCCGUGAUCUAACGGUGGUGGGGAACUUGCUUUCACAAAGGUUUAGUAAUAGGUCAAUUCCAGUGAAGUACGAGGCUCUUAGUUGUUGAAAUUUGAAUUGAUUCAUUGGUUGGUUGGGGACUUGGGAUGUUUUGUUUUUAUCCGGCACAAAAAAUAUCUCUGAUUAUUGGUUACUUUUAUGUACAAAUGGAUAAAUUAAAUUUUGAAUAGCCGGGGAAAAAUUUAUUAAUUAAUUAAUUAAUUAA